ACAGUGAGAAGUGACAGGACAGUGACGGAUACGGAUAUUUAACCUAACCUAAGAGUUCUUGGAGAAAACUUUUUUUUUAUUUGAAAUAAAAUUAUAUUUUGGAUUUCUGUUUAUAGUAAAUAUAUAAAUGGCUAUCAAUCAAGUUAAUAUACUUUUUAAAAACUUGUUACUUCAAAGCCACAAAGCUGUACAUGCUAGAUCUCUAUUUACAUCCACACUGAAUCUGAGAGAUGUUGUGGAUAGAAAAGAAAUGCUAAGAUCUAUGCCUGCAAUAGAUGAAGGAACACAUGGAGAAAAAUCUAUUGAUAUUGAUUCUGCUAUUACCAAGAGAGACCUUUUUCCCACCAUAGAUACCCCAAACAAAUUAUUUAAUGGAAUUCCUUUUAAAGACCUACCUAUUUUUAAUAUUAGAGUUACAAGGAAUAAUACUAUUCUUUGUUUGACUGAUGCAAAAGGAACACCUAAACUAAUAAGGUCUUGUGGAGUAGAAGGAUUUAAAAAUACUAAAAAAGGAACAAAUAUUGCAGCUCAAGCCACAGCCAUUUCAGCAGGAACAAAAGCGCUAGAUCAAGGCCACAAGAUAGUCAGAGUAAGAGUAAGAGGACUGGGACCUGGUAGAAUGGCUUCAAUAAAAGGACUACAGAUGUCAGGCUUAGACAUAGUUUCAAUUACAGAUAGUACAAAAGUGUCAUGGAAUGGACCUAGACCACGGAAGCAGAGAAAGCUUUAAAACUUUUUACAAUUAGGUAUUUCGUUUAAAGGUUCGGCGCAAGUUCCCAUGUUCUUCAUAGUUACCAGAGACCUUGAUCGACAGUUUUCAAUAUCCAAGAAACAUGUGUUGCUGUAUGUCAUGUUGUCUGUACCACAUACAGGGUCGUAGUAUGUUGGGCAAAUCUUUUGACAUCCUUUGAAUUGGAAUCCGGCGAUGCAGCGUUUCAUGGGAACUACGUAUAUGUGUUUCCUAUAAAUAAAAAUUAAAUAAAUUAUAUAUAUUGUAUAUUCGAAUUCUUACAUAAACUGUUACAAACAUC